AUGCAGAGUGUCGGCGGCAUUAACAAGCUUUUGAUUGGAGGAGUGCGGAGGUAUUGUGCCAUGGCAGCAGCGGGGAAAGGACUAAUCUUCAGGCAGCUCUUUGAGCCUGUCAGCUGUACGUAUACAUAUCUUCUUGCCGAUGAGGCCAGUAAGGAGGCUGUUCUGAUCGAUCCCGUGCUGGAAACUGCAAACCGGGACUCCAAACUCAUCAAGGAUCUUGGCCUGAAGAUGGUUUAUGCAGCCAACACUCACUGCCAUGCUGAUCAUGUUACCGGCACCGGGGCCUUGAAGAAGCUGCUGCCUGGAUGUAAAAGUGUCAUUGCCAAGGACAGCGGGGCCGUCGCUGACCUCCACAUCCAGGAGGGAGAUGUCCUGAAGUGACGGGAACUUUUUCCUGGAGGCUCGGUCCACCCCUGGCCACACUGACGGUUGUCUUACCUAUGUGCUGAAUGAUAAAAGCAUGGCCUUUACCGGGAUGCUCUGCUCAUCCGAGGCUGUGGCCGUACCGACUUCCAGCAAGGUUGUCCCAGUACUCUGUACCACUCUGUACACAGCAAAAUCUUCAGCCUGCCUGACAGCUGCUUCCUGUACCCAGGCCAUGACUACACUGGUCAGACGGUGACCACGGUUGAAGAGGAGAAGCGAUUGAACCCCCGACUGACCAAGAGUGAGGGGGAAUUUGUCAAGAUCAUGAAUAACCUGAACCUGCCCAGACCAGCUCAGAUAGAUGUUGCUGUUCCAGCCAAUCUGAAAUGCGGCAUCCAGGACUAA